UUUAGAAGUAAAGUAGUAGUCCAAUGGCGAAGCUCAUUACCUUGUUCCUGCUCAAACUAUUUCUAUUUUGCUUCCUACCAAGAUCAAAUGCAGUCUAUGAUGUGCUAAAUUUUGGAGCCAAAGCUGAUGGGAAGACCGACUCGGCGCAACCAUUCCUCAAAGCUUGGAAGGCGGCAUGCCGGUCGUCUUCCCCCGCCACCCUCUAUGUGCCUGCCGGGAGUUUCCUGCUAAGCCAAGCCAGCUUCAAUGGCCCAUGUAAGAACACUGCGAUCAAGUUUUCGAUCGAUGGCACGAUCGUCGCACCUUCGAACUACAAGAAGUUAGGUGCCUCUGGGAAAUGGAUUGAGUUUAAUGACGUCGAGGGUGUGACAAUCAGCGGCGGUAAACUCGACGGAAGAGGGGCAGAUCUAUGGACCUGCAAACAUGAUGGCCGGAGCUGCCCAAGUGGUGCAACUUCACUGACCUUCAGCGACUCGAAGAAUAUUGUGAUCAAUGGCCUAUCGUCGAUCAACAGCGAGCUGUACCACAUUGUCAUCCUUGGCUGCCAAGGAGUAAGGGUUCAAGGUGUUUACAUCGAAGCGGCAGGGAACAGCCCGAACACAGAUGGCAUCCAUGUUCAGAUGUCCACCGGCGUCAGCAUAGUUCAGGCCACCAUCAGGACCGGGGAUGACUGUGUCUCCAUUGGUCCUGGCACCUCCAACCUUUGGAUUGAGCGUGUGUUCUGUGGACCAGGGCAUGGCAUCAGCAUUGGGAGCUUAGGCAAGGAGGGGGAGGGACUCCAGGAGGAAGGCGUGAAGAACGUGACUGUAAAAUCUGUCAUGUUUGCAAACACUCAAAAUGGAGUUAGGAUUAAAACGUGGGGAACAAACGUUCGUGGCUAUGUGAGAGGAGUUGUCUUUUUUGAUGCAUUUAUGCAAAAUGUCCAAAAUCCUAUCAUCAUUGAUCAAAACUAUUGCCCUGGAAAUAAAGAUUGCCCUGACAAGAACUCGAGAAUUGGGAUCAGUGAUGUGAAGUACAAACACAUUCGAGGGACUUCGGCAACAAAAGUGGCUGUGAAUUUUGAUUGUAGUCCAAGCAAUCCAUGCAAUGGAAUUAGAUUGAAGAACAUUAAGCUCACCCAUGAAAACCAACGGGCAAAAUCCUCUUGCAAGAAUGCUUAUGGAAUUGCCACUGGUUCUGUCAUCCCACCAAGUUGUCUUUGAUGCCACCAAUAUUAUGCUAUUGGUCUAGGAUAUACUUGUGGAUUGGGUAGUCUGUGCAUUGGCCAGUUCAAGCCGACCCCCAAUUGCCACUAUUUCUUCUAUUUUGCUUUUGUACUCUACUUAUUGCACACAGAAAUUUGCUUACACUUUCUUUGAGGUUA